AUUCGAAUGACAUUUCCAUAAAUAGUCAAAAUUUGAUCAAAAUAUGACAGCUUAAUAUUCACCACUCUCUCACGUUUGAUAUGUAGAGAAUAAGGAAUUACACAACGCUCAAUUCUCUCACGGUGUGCUUUUCUCCAUUAACUGUGUGGUGAUGUUAGUCAGAAGUGAAGCGAAACCUAAAGACACAAGACGUACAUGAUAUUCGUGGAGCAAAAAGUUAUGGCAGUGAAAAAUUGAAAAAAAUUAAAUAAAGCUUCAAAAAUGGUUUGAGAAGUUCAAAAAAUAUCAAAAUCUAUUAGAUUAAGUGUUAUUACAUGUUAAUUUGUAAAAAUUUGUGUAUAUUUUCAAUAAUAAACGAGAGAAAAAUCGUAAUUACAAAAUAUCAAGGAGAAAAAAGUGCAAAGUUCUUUGUGACAAAAAAAAGCAUAAAGUAAAAGUAUUUCUUUAAAGUCAAUAAUUGACGAGAAUAAAAAUCGAUUCAAAAUGCCACCAAAUCCAGCAGAUAAUUGUAAAAUAAAGGUGGCUGUACGAGUUCGUCCAUUUAAUCGACGAGAACUCGAAUUAGAUACCGAUAAUAUUGUUGAAAUGGAUCAACAACAAACAGUUCUCAAAACUACACAGAAUUUAGAUAAAAUUGAGCGGAAACAGCCGAAAACGUUUGCAUUCGAUCAUUGCUUCUAUUCAACCGACAUCAAUGCCAAUAAUUUUGCUACACAAGAAAAUGUAUUCGAUACUAUCGGACGUGAUAUUUUGGAUAAUGCAUUUCAGGGUUAUAACGCAUGCAUCUUUGCAUAUGGACAAACAGGCUCUGGAAAAUCAUAUACAAUGAUGGGGACACUCGAUCAGAAAGGUAUCAUUCCAAGAUUAUGUGAUUCACUUUUUGCAUCGAUUGCAGAGAAGCAGACUGAUGAAUUAUCCUUUAAAGUUGAAGUCUCAUAUAUGGAAAUUUAUAAUGAGAAGGUUCAUGACUUAUUAGAUCCAAAGCCAAAUAAACAGAGUCUUAAAGUGCGAGAGCAUAAUGUCUUAGGUCCAUAUGUCGACGGAUUAUCACAACUGGCUGUUGCCUCCUUCGAAGAUAUUGAUAAUCUUAUGGGGGAGGGAAAUAAAUCCAGAACUGUCGCUGCAACAAAUAUGAAUGCUGAAUCCAGUAGAUCUCAUGCUGUUUUUACAAUAGUCUUAACACAAACGCUUAAGGAUACACUGUCCGGUGUGACGGGAGAGAAAGUGGCAAAAAUGUCUUUAGUUGAUUUAGCUGGAAGUGAACGCGCAGCAAAAACUGGUGCCGUAGGCGAUAGACUUAAAGAAGGAUCCAAUAUUAACAAAUCCCUCACAACAUUAGGUUUAGUAAUAUCAAAAUUAGCAGAUCAAUCAAGUGGCGUCAAGAAUCGCGAUAAAUUUGUUCCUUAUAGAGAUUCAGUCCUUACAUGGCUUCUGAAAGACAAUUUAGGUGGAAACUCAAAGACUGUUAUGGUCGCAACAAUUUCACCAUCUGCUGACAAUUAUGAGGAAACAUUAUCAACAUUAAGAUAUGCAGAUAGAGCUAAGAGAAUUGUCAACCAUGCUGUAAUUAAUGAGGAUCCAAAUGCUCGCAUAAUUCGUGAAUUGAGGAAGGAAGUUGAAAUGCUAAAAGAAAUGUUGAAGCAUGCAACAGCCAGUUCUCCUGUUGGUGACAGAAUGGAUAUCCAUGAUAAGAUUACAGAGAGUGAGAAUCUAAUGAAACAAAUUUCUCAAACUUGGGAAGAUAAAUUGAAAACGACCGAAAGAAUUCAGAAUGAGCGUCAACAGGCAUUAGAGAAAAUGGGUAUAAGUGUACAAGCUAGUGGCAUUCAAGUAGAAAAGAAUAAAUAUUAUUUAGUGAAUCUUAAUGCUGAUCCAUCACUUAAUGAAUUAUUAGUGUAUUACUUAAAGGAACAUACACUUGUCGGUGGACGAGCAAGUGGAAAUAAUAAUGAGGUUCAGCCAGACAUUCAAUUAUAUGGCCUUGGAAUAUUACAAGAACAUUGUGUGAUUUCAAUAGAAGAUGGUGAUUUAUUUAUGGAACCAAUCAAUAAUGCAAGAUGCUUUGUCAAUGGCUCAUGUGCGACAAAGAAAACAGCUCUUCAUCAUGGCGCUCGUAUCUUGUGGGGAAAUCAUCACUUUUUCCGUGUGAAUUGUCCGAAAGUUAGUCCAAGUGGAAUUAAUAACUCCUCAGAGCCACAAACACCUGCUCAACCACUCGAUUAUAAUUUUGCACGUGAAGAACUAAUGCAGCAUGAGCUUAGUAAUGAUCCAAUUCAAGCAGCCAUUUCAAGAUUAGAAAAACAGCAUGAGGAAGACAAACAAGUAGCACUUGAAAUGCAACGAAAAGAAUAUGAACGGCAGUUUCAACAACUGAGAAAUAUCCUAUCACCUACAACACCUUAUGCACCAUACGCUCCUUAUGAUCCAUUGAGAUUUGGUAAAAUGACUCCAAAUACGCCAACAUCACAAAUGCGCGUUGAUAAGUGGGUUGAGGAGCGUGAUGAAAUGUUUAAAAGAUCACUAGGUCAAUUGAAAACCGAUAUAAUGAGAGCGAAUGCAUUAGUACAGGAGGCUAACUUCCUAGCUGAGGAAAUGGGAAAGCAAACAAAGUUUAGUGUCACAUUACAAAUUCCACCAGCAAAUCUAAGUCCAAACAGGAGGCGUGGUGCAUUUGUAAGCGAGCCAGCAAUUCUUGUUCGUCGCUUGACAGGUAGUCAAGUGUGGACCAUGGAGAAGCUCGAAAAUAAAUUAAUUGAUAUGAGAGAACUUUAUCAGGAGUACAAAGAUCGACCUUUAGGAAUGAUGCCAAUUGAAGAGCACUCUAUGGAAACAAUACAUGCUGAUAAAGACGAUAACGAUGAUGAGGAUGAGAGCAAGAACCGUUCAGAUCCAUUUUAUGAAUCACAAGAAAAUCAUAAUCUUAUUGGUGUUGCAAAUGUCUUUCUUGAAGCACUGUUCCAUGAUGUUAAAUUAGAUUAUCAUACGCCAAUAAUUAGUCAACAAGGUGAAGUUGCAGGUCGACUACAAGUUGAGAUUUCACGUAUCGCUGGACAAUUUCCUCAAGAUCGAAUGUGCGAAUCACAAUCAGAAAGUUCUCAUGGAUCGCGUGAUGAUUAUGAUGACGAUAAGGACAUGGAUAAUCACAACCAAAUAACAUGUAAAAUUACCAUCAAACAAGCCACAGGACUUCCAUUAUCAUUAUCAAAUUUCGUCUUCUGCCAAUAUACAUUCUGGGGACAUCAAGAAGCCGUUGUGCCAGUCAUAGAUCAAAAUUGCAAUUUACCUGCCGUUAAUCAAAACAUGACUUUUAAAUUUGACCACGAGAAAGACUAUACCGUAUCGGUUAAUGAGGAAUUCCUCGAACAUUGUGCUGAGGGUGCACUUUCAAUUGAAGUGUGGGGACAUCGGUCUGUUGGCUUUUCGCGCUCAAAAGGAUGGGAAGUUGAGCAACAACAAGCCAAGGCUAGAUCUCUUGCUGACAGAUGGGCAGAACUGUCACGUAAAAUUGAAUUAUGGGUUGAAAUACAAGAACUAAACGACAAUGGAGAAUAUGCUCCGGUCGAGGUCGUUGGAUCAAAAGAUAUGCUAACAGGCGGAGUCUAUCAGUUAAGACAAGGCCAACAGAGACGCAUUCAAACUCGCAUCAGUGCUGUUCCAGAUUCAGGGACAUUGCCAAUCAUUUGCCAAUCGAUUAUCAAUAUUUCAAUUGGAAGUGUCACGGUUCGUUCAAGAUUACAGAAACCAUUAGACUCGUAUCAGGAAGAAGAUUUAACUGUGCUUAGGGAAAAAUGGAGUGAGGCAUUGGGACGACGAAGGAAGUAUCUAGAUCAGCAGAUACAAAAAUUAAUUAACAAAGAAGAUAAAACUGAACAAGAAAAGGAGCGAGAAUUAAGUCUCGUGAAUCAAUGGGUGUCAUUAACUGAGGAAAGAAAUGCAGUUUUAGUGCCAGCAGCUGGUUCUGGGAUUCCUGGUGCCCCAGCUGCAUGGGAACCAUCAAAUGGUAUGGAACCACAUGUUCCUGUUCUCUUCUUAGACUUAAAUGCCGACGACUUAUCAACUCAAAAUUCCAAUGAUGAUGUUUCUGUCUCUGGAAUUAAUUCAAUUUUACCCAAAGAACAUGGAAAUAAAUUUUAUUCAUUGCAAAUUCUACAGCAUUUGGAGAAAGAUAUUUGUGCCACUUGCAGUUGGGACUCAUCAAUUCAUGAUAGUCAGGCACUUAAUCGAGUGACAGAGGGAAAUGAGAGAGUUUAUUUGAUUUUAAAGACUACUGUGAGAUUAUCACAUCCGGCUCCAAUGGACUUAGUUCUUCGAAAGCGUCUUGCUAUCAAUAUUUACAAACGACAGAGCAUUACCGAUAAGCUGAAAAAAUUGAGAAUUGUUGGAAAAUCAGAUACGACAUAUCAUUCGGGAGUCACAUAUGAGGUUGUAUCAAAUAUUCCGAAAGCAUCGGAAGAGCUUGAAGAGCGUGAAUCAUUGGCACAAAUCGCAGCAACUGGAGAAGAUUGUUCAACGAGUGAUGGUGAAACGUACAUAGAAAAAUAUACCCGUGGUGUAUCAGCAGUUGAGAGUAUUCUAGUACUUGACAGAUUAAGACAAAGUGUUGCUGUGAAAGAAAUAGAAACUCAGCAGAGCAAACAACAACUUUCAAUGCGCAAAACAGCUUCAGUGCCCAACUUUUCACAGGCUGUUAAAGAUGCUGCUCAAAAUGGUGGUAUUAUGCGCUUCGAUACAUCAAUGGAGAAUCUGAUUGGUAUUGGUCGUUCAGAAUCUUAUGUCGAUCUUAACCAUUCAGAUUUCGCAAAGAGCCUAUUGAAUUCAUCCGGCAACUUAUUUGCCGCAAGUACAGGAAAUGCUCGAGGACGUCACAGUUUUAGCGGGAAAUCAACGACGGAAGAUCCUUUAAAUGCUAAUAGCAAACCAACGUUUGGAUUAACAUCACCUGCAAGUAGUAAAUUGGCACAUCGCAUGACAACAUUACAUGAAGAGACAUCUUUACGUAAUAACCCGUUACCAGAAGAAAAUGAAGAUUCGUACAGUGAUCCAGAAUAUGAUUAUGACAGUAAGCCAUCAACAGCAAAUGCAAAUUACUAUUAUGCCAAAUCACGAAUGCGCUCAUCGCAUACUAUCGAUUCAUUCAUGGAUAUUGAAAAGAAGACUUCGACGACAUCUACAAAUUUAUUAAACUAUAAAUUAUUGACACAAAAUCAGCCAUUUCAUGUACAACAGCAACAAGGAAUGAAAUCGCAAGAUAAAAUGUCAUCGUCUACAACAGUGAAGAAUGGGAAAGUUGAAAGUAUAAUUGCAGCCGGUUCUUCGCCAAGCAUGAAUUCAUCAACAUCUAGCGGUUAUGGAUCACAAGCUGUCUCAAUCAGUAACUUAACAAAUGAAGAUACACUGUCAUUACAAUCAAUGUCUGUAGAUGAGAACACACCAGAUUUUCAAUCAUCAUCACCGCCAAAGAAAGAUGCAACAACCAUCUACACACCAAGCUCAGGCCAAAAGAGAUUUAAUCCAUUUAUGAAGGAGAACACAAUGGGUAAGCACGAUGAUGAUGAAUGUAUUAAUGAACCACCAAAAAAUCAACAAAAUUCUAAAACCAACACAUCACCUACACAUAAAAAUCCAUUGACGCCAACAAAAGAUCAUCCUUUAAAGGAUCUUGUUAAAAUGAAGCCAUCCAAGGGAGAAUUUAUGGACGAUUCAGAUGAUUAUGUUGAUGAAGAGGAUGCUGCUGUGGUCAUUGUUGAAAAUAAUAAUAUUAAUACUUGUAAUAACACUUGUGAAAAUUUAAAAUUGCAUGAUAAUAUUGGUUCCAUAGAUGUUUUAAUACCUACAUCUCCUUAUAAUGAAAUUAAUAAUCACAUUUCACCAGAAAUUGAAAAUACAAAUCAACAUGUCAUCACACAACAAUCACCAAAUCAAACAUCCAAUGUAGAUGAUGAGAAAAAUAAUAAUACACGUCCUGUAGAGAUGAAUGUCGAUAGCGAUGAUGAGAUUGAUAAACAAAGACUCGUACCAGAUAAAGUCGUUCGAAGAAAGAAAAGCCCAUCAAGAAACACUAACAAUAACAAUGUAAAUAUCAAGAACAACAAUCGAAUGUCAUAUCCAAUUGGUCGAGACCGCUCUCAGCCUCGAAUCGAAGACGCAUUAACGAGGUCAACAGAUAGAAUCGAUGAUGAACUCAACGAAUCAACAAUCCAAAAGCAUGUAGAUUUACCGCCUCCACCCGAAUGGGUUGUUGUCGGAGAAUCUGUCUUAAUUCGUCCUUAUAAUACAAGUGGUGUUAUUGGAUUCAUUGGCCCGACACAUUUUCAAGGAGGAACAUGGGUUGGCGUUGAGUUGGACACUCCAACAGGCAAGAAUGAUGGAACAGUACAAGGCAUUCAAUAUUUCACAUGCCGCCCCAAGCAUGGAAUUUUCGUCAGAGCAGAUAAGCUUAUACAAGAUAAACGCGGUAGAGGAAUGAGAACAAUGAAGCAAAUGGAAGCAGCAAAAGCAAGACCUGAUGGAUCUCUGACACGUUCAAAAAGCCGCGGCGAGGCUUUAAAUGCGGUUGGCACGCAACGUAAAUGAUCUUAUCAUAAAUGUUCGCAUCACACAUCAUCGACAAUUGCAAGUCGUAUGCAUGCUGUGAGGCCGAGCAUUUGCAAUAAAUUAAAAAUCAGUCGCGAAAAAGAAAAUUUUAAAUUUUAAUUUUAAUACAAUUAAUUAAUUAAUUAAUUUUAUGUAUGUAUGUAUAUGUACGAGACAUUUAUUGUGAAAUAUAUUAAUUAACAUUGACAUCAUCAUCAUUAUUAUGUUAAGUUGUAGCAAUAAUGAAACUGGUGAUAAAUUUAUGAAACUAUCCUGAAUGUUAGGCAUGAUGAUGUUGAUAUCGACCUAGGUUUUCAAAUUCUUACGAUUAUUUUAUCAGAAACAAAGCACAUCGAUUCCAAUUUAUCAUUUUUUUAAUGUGAUUUUAAAGGUAAUAAUUAGUUUUUAAAAUGAUUUGUAAAUUUUUCCUUUAUUAUAAAUUUUAAUGCAUUUCAUUGAGAGAUAGACAUUCAUAUGGACGGGAAGUUCUUGACUAAAUCAUUUAGUUUUCGUGCAUUCUUUGUGACAAAGUUGAUAAAUAUCCAGAUUCUAGACAUGAAAAUUUUUGACUCGAGCUGUACUCAGAUUAAUGUUCAUGUUACUAGUUUAUGAUAUGGUUUGUUUGAGCUUUACUACAUCAAGCUAGAUUGUAAGGCUGCCAGACGAGAUUCCUAAACUGACGAAAUAUUUUUCAGAAAGACUUAGGACAUUCUUUUACAUUGUUUUAAUUAUUUAACGGCAAAAAAGAGUUGAUUAAGGAUUUUACAGCUAACUUCAAAAUAGAUGACAAAGUCAAGAAUUUUCAAACUAAGUUCAGAUUAAGAUAAAUCAUGUUAGUGCAACGGAUGAUGUUCUGUCCUUCUAGAUGUUUCAAUAUAUAGAUUCAGAUAGGUUUAGAAUUAAUCUUACUACGGCACAUUACUUAUAAUCAAAGUAUUCUUUUUUGAUACCAGAGGAUAUACUUGACAUUAGCUGAACUUUCUCAUUUUCCUGCUAUCACUUUAAACAGCUUAAAUCGAAUUUGCAUGCAAAAACUUUAUUGAUUGAUGACCUGAAUCAUUAUAAACCUUAACUCUGUCCAAAGAAGACACGAAAACUUUGAGGUUGUGAACGAAGAACUAACCCCAAAAGUAUGAGAAAUUUUAUUCCAAUUUUUUUAUAAUUCACAAGAAUGAAAUUAAAACGCGAAAAAUCAUUAUGAUGAAAUUGUUUUCUAGUCCUUAAUUUAUUUAAUAAAAAGAGUAUAAAAAAUAUGAAAAAUUAUAAACAAAGCAGAUGGUAUGAAGAGAUGAAAAAAAUUGAAGCAAUUAGAAUUGCUCAUUGAAUAGAUAAUAUUUAAUAAUAUCCAAAUAGACAUUAAAUUCAUUUUAAAGAAAGUCCUAAACAAAUAUUAUAUCUUAAUCAAUUUUUCGACCGUAUAGACAAGGAAAUGUUUAGAAACAGAAUCUUAUAGGAAUCCCAUUUCUUAAUUUCCUCUUAAAUUAUUCAUUAAAAUAAUCUAAAGUAAAUUUAAAGAGAAUUUAAAGAAAAAUGUCAAAAAAAAUAAAAAUAAAAUUUAAAAAAUUCACGUCCUGUCUCCAUCCAAAAAUAGUGUUGUGACUCCUGCCCAAUAGAAAGUAAAUAAAAAUUAUUGUAGCCACAUUUGAUGGACAUGUCAAAUGCAUAAUGUGCUGAAUAAAUUCUUAUUUUUAGAGUGAUGGUUCGUUGGUGACAAAAAUGCAUUACAAAGUAAUAAAAAAAGAAAUUAAUCAUGAAUCGUCCAGAAAAAAAGUUUCAUUUUAGAUCAAGCACGUCCAAAAAAAGAGAAGUUUUUAACGAUUCCAUUUUCUUCAUAGACAAAAUUAAUAACAAAAAAAAAAUUAAAUAAAAAUAAGACUUGAAAGAUGAUGAGUGAAAAACUUAAGAUUAAUAUGAAGCACAAUAUGAGCGAUGUGAAGGUGAUGUGUGAGAAUGUAGGAAGGAUCAAGAAAAAAAAAUAUAUUGCUAUACUUGAUGUAUAAAUCCAAACAAAAAUCUUUAACUAUCCUUUUCUGCUCUAAACGUCUUUGAGAACUAAAAAUUAUGAAACAGAAUAGUUUUAAUGCGCAUUCAACUCAUUCAUUUCUCCUUGCUAAAAACAAAUAUUUGUAAAUAGUAUGUAGAAAAAAUAUUCUAUAUUUCAUUUUCAUGCCACGUUUGCAUAAAUCUUGUAUUUAUUUGAUUUUAUCCCAAAUCGCUGUUGAAUUGUUCUUAUUUGCAUCGUUAAACAUAUUUUUCUCCUUAUUCAUGCAUUUUUAUUUAAAUCUGAAGCCUUUUUAUGUUGCUCAUAAAACAAUAAUAAUGAGAAUGAAUAAGUUAUCGAAUUAUCGUGAUAUAAAAAUUUAUGUUGAGUUUUUUAUGUGUUAAAAUAUUUUCAUGGAAAAUUCGAAAUUCAGCUAUAGCGUCACGUGGUUCCUUAUAUUCUGCUUUACUCACUUUACUGGUGAUUUAUGUAAACAUUAUGCUAUUUUUAGAGUCAGUACUUGAAAGGAAUUAUGUUGAGAUUCAAUCUCAUAUCAACUGUUUUUAACAAUUUAAACUUUAACGGAUUUUUGAAAUUCAAAAAAAGAUCUACUAUAUUUUCAAACUUAAUUUAUACGUUGAAAACUGAUCUACUUUGUUAUUGUGCUCAAAAUUGAACAACUGACUCUAAUUAAUUUUAAUAUCUAAACUAUAUUAAGAACCAAUUACGUGACACUAUAGAAAAUUCAAACUCAACCCAUUUUUGCUCAUUUAUUUUAAUUUAAUUGCUUCUCGGCUAAUACAUUGAAUGAAUUAUUAAAGAAUUUGUAAAUAUAUUACAUUAAAGGUACACGAAAAUCGCUAUUCUGUCCAAAAAAUCAUACACAACAAUGAAUCCGAAUGACAAAAUUCAUAGCUUUGUAACUCUAUUUAAACAAAAGAUGAGAGUUUUAAAUAUCACAAUUCUAUACUCUUAAAGCAAAAAAGGCUUAAAACAACUUUUAGGAGCUUCUUAAGACAGAAAAAUAAUCAUUUGACAUUAAAUAAACUUUACUAUGAAAAUUUUCUGCAACAAAUUCAUUUUCGAUAACUUUAAACACUUAUUGAUCCUUUAUGCCUCCUUAUUGAACUUACUAAAAAUGAAUUGAUAAUAGUUUUGUAAGAAAUGAAUUUCAAGAAGAAAAUUAUUUGACAAAUAAAAGAUUUUUUUCUCCAAAAUA